AUGAAGAUAACGUGUACAGCCUUGGUGUACGUCUUCAUUUCACUCUUCCUAAACACGAGUUGUGUCCAAGCAGUAUUUUCAGAUGAUGCAUUUAUCACUGAUUGGCAAUUGGCUAACUUGGGUCCUUGGAAGAAAAUCAUCCCUGAUUCUCGAGACCCUAGCCGGGUUGUCAUCUUAUCGAACCCUACCGAAACUUCCUGUUUAGUUUCUUCGUUCAACAUUUCUUCCGGACAGAUUCUUUUCAGAAACGUUUUGCCCUUCACCAUUGAUGAGAUUCAACUGGAUAGCAAUGAUUACAACGCAAUGAUUUGUGUGAACUCUUCAAGCCAACAUUGGCAGAAAUUCGAUUUACACGAUUGGUUCUUACUAGAUGAGGGCAUAGAUAACGUCCCCUCUACAACCAUUUUGCCACAAUCCUCAUAUUCAAACGAUCAAGUAUCCAUUAAGGACAAUGAACUGUGUAUUCUCGACGAGGAGUCAAAAUUGGCCGAAUUGAAAUUGGAAUUACCUCAAGGGUUCAACAAAGUGGAAUAUUUCCAACGCGAAGAUCCCCUGGCUUUGGUUUUAAACGUUAACGACACCCAGUAUAUAGGGUUUUCUGUCAAUGAUACAGAAUUGGUACCGGUUUGGCAAAGAGAUGAAUGGUUAACUAAUGUGGUAGACUAUGCUGUAUUGGACGUUUUCGAUUCUAGAGAUGUGGAAUUGAACAAAGAUAUGAAAGCCGAACUUAAUUCAAAUUCGCUUUGGAACGCUUACUGGCUUAGAUUGACAACAAAUUGGAAUCGUUUCAUCAAUUUAUUGAAAGAGAACCAUUUUUCACCAGGACGUGUCUUCACUAGACUCCUGGCUUUGGACUCCAAGGAUACAACAGUAUCAGACCUGAAAUUUGGCUUCGCUAAGACCUUAAUUGUUUUGACCCAUGAUGGCUUUAUUGGCGGCCUUGAUAUGAUUAAUAAGGGUCAACUUAUUUGGAAACUCGAUUUGGAAAUUGACCAAAGCAUUAAAAUGUUCUGGACGGAUAAAAACCAUGACGAGCUCGUUGUUUUUUCACAUGAUGGACAUUAUUUGACAAUUGAAGUCGCUAACGAUCUACCGGUUAUCAAAUCAAGAUCCUCUCUACCUGAAAGUGGAACUGUUGACUCCGUUAUUAAGCUGAAUGAACAUAAAUGCCAGUAUUUAAUCAAGUUUGAGAAUAAGGGUCAUUUACUGUUUAAACUGAAUCUCCGCAAGAAUUUGGAUGCACCAAUAGUUUACAACAACCACACUAGUUGCGAUAUGCCCUUUUUUGAAACAUUAGGACUCGAAACAUUAGGACUUUUUAUUAACGAACUAACAUUUGUCACGGAGCAUGACAAAAAUGGCAUUUACUGCUACAGAAUCGAGAACGAUGCGGUGAAAGAAGCUUGGCAGAGAACCGUAAAGUCGAAGGAAAAAAUAAUGGCGUAUAGCAAUAGGGACACAACAAACUCAAACACUCUUGGUAUUACUCUAGGUGACAAAUCGGUUCUUUAUAAAUAUUUGUAUCCAAACCUAGCGGCUUAUCUAAUCGCUAACGAAGAGCACCAUACAAUCACAUUCAACUUAAUUGAUACCAUUACAGGAGAAAUCCUUAUCACCCAAGAGCACAAGGAUUCUCCAGAUUUCAGGUUUCCAACGGAUAUUGUUUUCGGUGAAUAUUGGGUCGUUUAUUCCUAUUUCAGUUCUGAACCUGUUCCUGAACAAAAGCUGGUAGUAGUUGAAUUAUAUGAAUCACUGACCCCAGAUGAACGUUUGUCUGACUCAGAUAAGCAUUUUUCUUAUGAUCCAUUAACCGGUAACAUUAACAAACCUCAAUUCCAGACUAAGCAGUUUAUUUUCCCGGAGAUCAUCAAGACAAUGUCCAUUUCCAAGACAACGGAUGAUAUUACUACUAAGGCUAUCCUAAUGGAAUUAGAAAAUGGCCAAAUCACUUAUAUACCAAAGCUCUUAUUGAAUGCAAGAGGUAAGCCAGCAGAGGAAAUGGCCAAGGAUAAUAAAAAAGAGUUUAUGGCUACCCCAUACACGCCAAUCAUCCCAAUUAAUGAUAACUUCAUCAUUACUCACUUCAGAAACCUAUUACCAGGAUCUGAUUCGCAAUUAAUCUCUAUCCCAACUAAUUUGGAAUCCACAAGCAUCAUUUGUGAUCUAGGUCUUGACAUUUUUUGUACAAGGAUCACACCUUCCGGCCAAUUUGAUUUAAUGAGUCCUACUUUCGAGAAAGGUAAAUUACUCAUUACUAUACUCAUCUUAUUGGUGAUCACGUAUUUUAUCCGUCCUUCUGUUUCAAACAAGAAGUUGAAGUCACAAUGGUUAAUUAAAUAG